GGGAAAAUAGCAGUCGUAUUAUAUGUGAAUCUGAGCCGUUUUUUACUGCACAGUGAACCACACUAAAUUUCCUGCGCCUGUGCGCGUAUCUGUAAUCAGUAUUAAUUAACAAGAAAUCGUGAUAACCUAAUAAGAAAAAUAAUGGGCCGUUAUCGAAGCCGUAGCCGAGAAAGGGAUAGGAGGCGCAAAUCUCGCAGCCGGUCCCGGAGCAGGUCGCCUAGGGAUCGACGUGGCUGGGGAGGACCUGGCGGUGGGGGAGGAGGUCCAGGACGUGACAGAGGAGGCGGUGGAGGCGGAGGUCGGGGCGGCAGAGGCCAGCCUGGAGCAAAUCUCCGAAAGCCGCGCUGGGACUUGAGCCGUUUAGAACCAUUCAAGAAGGACUUCUAUGUGCCUAGCGAUGUUGUACAACAUAGGGAUCCACGUGUCGUCGAACAGUACAGAAGUGACAAAGAAAUCACCCUUAAAGGAAGAAAUAUACCUAAUCCUGUAUUCACGUUUGAAGAAGCUGGAUUUCCUGAUUAUGUCCUGAAAGAAGUCAAGAGGCUUGGAUUCAAAGAACCGACAUCGAUUCAAGCCCAAGGAUGGCCGAUUGCUUUGAGUGGGCGGGACAUGGUGGGAAUAGCCUCAACUGGAUCAGGAAAGACCUUAUCUUACAUACUGCCCGCCAUAGUGCAUAUAAAUAGCCAGCCUAAGCUAAGCCGCAAAGAUGGUCCUGUAGCUCUAGUCUUGGCUCCGACGCGGGAAUUGGCUCAGCAAAUACAGCAGGUUGCUGACGACUUUGGUCAUUCGUCAGGCAUCAGGAAUACAUGUUUGUACGGAGGUGCGCCGAAGGGUGCACAGGCUAGGGAUCUCGAUGGGGGUGUAGAAAUUGUGAUUGCAACACCCGGUAGAUUGUUGGAUUUUUUAGAAUCCGGUAGAACAAACCUGAAAAGAUGCACAUAUCUAGUACUCGAUGAGGCUGAUAGAAUGCUUGAUAUGGGAUUUGAGCCUCAAAUUAGAAAAAUUAUAGAACAAAUUAGACCAGAUAGACAAACGCUUAUGUGGUCUGCAACAUGGCCUAAAGAAGUAAAGAAUCUGGCCGAAGACUUUCUUAAGGACUACACGCAGAUAAACGUUGGCUCUCUGCAGCUUGCGGCUAAUCACAAUAUUCUCCAAAUUAUUGACGUAUGUCAAGAUUACGAAAAGGAGAACAAACUUAGCACAUUGUUGAAAGAGAUAAUGGCCGAAAAUGAGAACAAAACGAUAGUUUUUAUUGAAACCAAACGCAGGGUGGACGAAAUAACUAGAAAAAUGAAGCGUGAUGGCUGGCCUGCAGUCUGUAUACAUGGGGACAAAACACAACAAGAAAGAGACUGGGUUUUACAAGAUUUUCGAUCUGGCAAAGCACCGAUACUAGUAGCCACUGAUGUAGCAGCAAGAGGUCUUGACGUUGAAGACGUUAAAUUUGUCAUCAAUUUUGACUACCCUUCAUGUUCCGAGGACUACGUCCACAGAAUCGGCCGAACAGGUCGAAGGCAGAAGACUGGAACUGCCUACACCUUCUUCACUCCAAACAACUCGAACAAAGCAAACGAUUUGAUUCAAGUAUUGAAAGAAGCUAAUCAAGUUAUAAAUCCUAAACUACUGGAACUCACUGAUAGCAGAGGUGGUGGUAGCAGCGGUGGCGGUAUAUUUGGAAGGCAUAGAGGAGGAAGAAGCAGGUGGCGUUCUAAGGGCGGAGGAGGCGGAGCAGGAGGAGGAGGGAGAGGUGGAAGAGAUCGCAGUUUCUCCAGGAGUCGAAGUCGCAGUCGUAGUCGUGAGCGCAAUGGUCGAGGAGGAGGUCGUCGGAGCUACAGCCGAAGCUACUCCCGCAGUCGCAGCCCCGUAAACAAUCGCACAGAAGUUAUUGGAAAGAGUUACUGGAGCAGCGAAAGAUGAUCUCUGAUGAGCAGUUCAUAACAAAAUUAUUGUGACAUGGGCAGCUCUCAUAAUUCCGCUUCUACUUGAAGAUGACGAGAAAAAGAUACGGUGUGAAAUGAAUAGAAUAAAAUAUAUUUGAUAAUGAGUUGACUACUGCGGUGAACGAAUGUGCGCGUCACAUAUUUUUAACUGUCGUAAUUUAUGAAGAAUUAUUGAUUCAAAC